AUGGCUGUGAAACCCAAAUCUCGGGCGAUUAUCGAACCCCUCGCCGAGACCACCAUCGACUCCGGCAACUCUCCGAUCAAAUCCAUCGCCGUCUCCAAGCAAUCCGAAGAUCAAAUCCUAAUCUACAUCGCCGCUGUCUCUGGCGUUCUGUCACUGUACUCCAUCCGUGUGCCCGGAAAUGCCCCUCCCGAAAUCGCCUUCGUCAGACGGCUCACCGUGCCCGGAGGCGGCCCACCUAGUCCAGUCGUACCUCUUUCCGGCAUAGGGAAAGUUCUCAUCCUCGCCGGUGGAUAUAUGUAUUUGCUUGACUCGGGUUUACUUGGACCAGCUAAACGAAUGGGUCUCUUCAAAGGCGUGACUGCACUCUCUCGUAAGCUUCGGAGCCAGAGAUGGAGCUCCAGCCUUAACACUGACGGAGGUACGGAGACUAAUUAUAUGUAUAGUAAUGACAAUAGUACUGAUAGCAGCAAUUUGUUCGUGAUUGGGAUCGGGAAAAAGCUGGUAAUGGCGGAUUUGAUUCCGAAUGGGUCUUUCGUUAUUCUAAAGGAGAUUCAAGGGCUUGUUGAUGGGAUUAUAGGGAGUUUACUGUGGGCUGAUGAUAGUGUAUUUGUUGGUACCAAGACUGGGUAUUAUCUGUAUAACUGUGUGGAAGGACGAUGUGGGAUGUUAUUCUCUCUUCCGGAUUCUUCCGUCGUGCCGCGGAUGAAGUUGUUAGUCUGGGAGUCGAGGGUUCUGUUAAUGGUUGAUAGUGUGGGUAUUAUUGUAGACAUGGAGGGGCAGCCGGUUGGAGGGAGUUUGGUGUUUAGGGAGGCUCCGGAUUCAUUUGGGGAAAUAGGAAGUUAUGUGGUUGCCAUUCGGAACUCAGUGGUGGAAUUGUAUCACAAGAGAACAGGUUUUUGUUCACAGAGGUUUAUGGUCGGGGAUGGUGGUGGGGGAUCAUGUGUUCUGGCGGAUGAGGAUAAUGAGAUUGGGAAGCUUGUUGUUGUUGCAACUAGCUUAAAGCUUGUUUGCUAUGGAAAAGUUUCUGGAGAAGCACAACUCAAGGAUCUUCUUAGGAAAAAGAGCUUCAAGGAAGCUGUAUCUUUGUUGGAAGAGCUUGAGAAUGAAGGCGAAAUGACAAAGGAGACACUAUCUUUCAUACAUGCGCAGGUUGGAUACGUCUUGCUUUUCGACUUGCAUUUCAAGGAAGCAGUAGAUCACUUCUUGGUAGCAGAAAACAUGCAGCCUUCUGAACUUUUUCCUUUCAUCAUGCGAGACCCAAAUCGCUGGACACUGCUGGUUCCCAGGAACCGAUACUGGGGCUUGCAUCCUCCACCAAAACCUCUUGAAAAUGUUAUAGAUGAUGGCUUGUCAGCUAUUCAAAAAGCCGUUUUUCUUAAGAAGGCAGGAUUAGAGACUACUGUCGAUGAUGAGUUUCUUCGUAAUCCACCUAGUAGAGCAGAUCUGUUAGAGUCUGCCAUUAAAAACAUGAUAAGGUAUCUGGAAGCUUGUCAUGGAAGAGACCUUGCCACGUCAGUGAGAGAGGGAAUCGAUACGCUUCUGAUGUACCUGUAUAGAGCUGUCAAUUGUGUUGAAGACAUGGAAAAACUUGCAUCUUCUGAGAAUAACUGUGUAGUGGAGGAGCUAGAAGCAUUACUCAGUGAGUCUGGGCAUUUACGCACUCUUGCUUUCUUGUAUGCUGGUAAGGGGAUGAGUGCUAAGGCUCUUUCUACUUGGCGUAUGCUGGCAAGAAAUUAUUCGACAAGCGGCUAUAAUAAAGAUCAACAUGAUGAAACUGAUUUACAUGAUCCAUCUAGAAAGUUCACCUUAGGUAGGGAGACUGCUGCAAUAGAGGCGACUAAGAUUCUUGAGGAGUCAUGUGAUCAAGAUUUGAUACUCCAGCACCUUCGCUGGAUUGCAGAUAUCAACCAGGUGCUUGCAGUACAAAUUUUGACGUCAGAGAAAAGAACCAAUUUACUAUCACCAGAUGAAGUGAUUGCUGCAAUUGAUCCCAAAAAAGUGGAAAUCCUUCAAAGAUAUCUCCAGUGGUUGAUUGAAGACCAAGACUCUGAUGACUCACAAUUCCAUACUGCUUAUGCCCUUUUGCUCGCCAAGUCGGCACUAGAAACUUAUGAAGCGGAGCUUUCAUUGCUAGACUCUGUUGGACUGCUUGAAAAUCAGAACAAAAUUUCUCAGCUUGAAAGGAGUUCAAUUUUUGAUAGUCCUGUUAGGGAUAGACUGCAGAUUUUCUUGCAGUCAUCAGAUUUAUAUGAUGCUGAAGAGGUUCUUGAUACGAUUGAAGGAUCCGAGCUAUGGCUAGAAAAGGCUAUUCUUUAUAGGAGGCUUGGACUAGAGGCACUAGUACUAAAUAUCUUGGCCUUAAAAUUGGAGGAUUAUGAAGCUGCCGAACAAUAUUGCGUGGAGAUUGGCAGACCGGAUGCUUAUAUGCAAUUACUCGAGAUAUAUUUGGACCCUGAGGAUGGCAGAGGGCCCAUGUUUAAAGCUGCUGUUCGUCUUAUCCACAAUCACGGGGAAAUGCUCGAUCCAUUACGAGUCUUGGAGAAAUUAUCCCCAGAGAUGCCCCUCCAACUGGCAUCCGACACAAUAUUAAGGCUUUUGAGAGCCCGGUAUCAUCACCAUCGUCAAGGAGAGAUUGUGCGCAAUUUGUCGCAUGCAUUAGAAGUUGAUGCAAGACUGUUGAGAUUGGAAGAGAGGUCCCGAAAUGUGCAGAUUAACGACGAUAGCACGUGUGAUUCCUGCCACGCACGUCUUAGUACCAAACUAUUCGCAAUGUAUCCAGACGAUUCAGUUGUUUGUUACAAGUGUUACCGCCGUCAAGGUGAGUCCACUUCCACCAGCGGCCGAGAUUUCAGAAAAGAGGUUAUAAUUAAACCCGGUUGGCUGGUUACUCAAUGA